CAAAUUGUUGGCUAAAACAGGCAGUUGGCUAAGAUAACCAAAUGUGAAGAAGCAAACAUUUCACUCCAGGUCCUGUGGUGGGCGUCAAGACUUGUUUUCGUCACUGAUUAUCUCCCCUGCGCAGUUUUUGUCCUUGACUUUGUUUAUUCUGAAACAGAUCCAAGACAUUUAAUUUACCAUCUCGUCUCAGUGAAUUAGAAACUUUUCAAAAAUGGCCUUCAGAGUUCUCAGGUUGGGAAGAAUUCUGUCCCAUUCCGGUGCCAUGAGCAGAUGUUUGACAACGGUACCUAAUAGUCAAAAGCAACUACCAGACAGUGUUGUGGAAGAUCUUCGCUCUAUAGUCGGCAAAGAAAAUGUGAGCAUAGCACUUGCUGUUCGAGAACAACACGGACACGAUGAAUCUUACCAUAAGUGCUUCCCACCGGAUGUAGUUACCUUUGCUAAUAGUACAGAAGAGGUUAGUGCUAUUGCCAAAUACUGUAAUAACCAACGAAUACCUCUCAUACCUUUUGGUUCUGGAACUGGCCUGGAAGGUGGAGUAAAUGCCACAGUGGGUGGUGUGUGUGUAGACUUGAGCAAAAUGACAGAAAUCCUUGACCUACACCAAGAGGACUUUGAUGUAACAGUUGAGUGUGGAGUUACUCGUAGAACAUUAAACUCUUACCUAAGAGAUACUGGGCUUUGGUUCCCGAUUGAUCCUGGUGCCGAUGCAUCCUUGUGUGGAAUGUGUGCUACAAGUGCUUCUGGUACAAAUGCCGUCCGUUAUGGCACCAUGAGAGAGAAUGUCCUGAACUUGGAAGUGGUCUUAGCUGACGGCCGAAUCGUCAACACAGCUGGGAAACAGAGACGCAUGAAAAAGACAUCUGCUGGUUAUAACCUAACAAAUUUGUUUAUUGGAAGUGAAGGAACUCUGGGAAUUAUCACAAAAGCUACUUUGAAAUUGUAUGGACAACCUGAAAAGACUAUUUCGGCUGUUUGCCAUUUUCCCUCUGUGCAAGCAGCAGUAGACACGACAGUGAUGACUUUGCAGUGUGGUAUUCCCAUUGCAAGAAUAGAAUUCAUGGAUGAUGUUAUGAUUGAUGCCUGCAACAAAUUCAGUAAUCUCUCACUAAAUGUGGCGCCAACACUUUUCCUGGAGUUCCAUGGUGCUGCAGAAUCACUGGACAGUCAAGUGGAAACAGUCUGUGAAAUCGCCAAAUCUAACGAAGGUUCUGACUUUACGUGGGCUACAGAUGCUGAUGAAAGAAACAAGUUAUGGAGGGCUCGGCACGACAUGUUGUAUGCAUGCCUAGCUCUCCGGCCUGGCUCAAAGGCCUAUAGUACAGAUGUGUGUGUACCAAUUUCCCACCUGCCAGAAAUAAUAGUUGAAACUAAAAAAGACAUAGAAGAAUCAGGAAUGACAGGUUUUAUUGUUGGUCAUGUUGGUGAUGGAAAUUUCCAUAUUGCGCUUACUUUUGACCCCAAUGAUCAAAACGAAUUCAGAAUGGUAAACGAACUUGCCAAUAAAGUAAAUAAGAGAGCUUUGGAACUCAAUGGCACAUGCACUGGAGAGCAUGGAAUUGGUCUUGGUAAACGGAAGUUAUUGACUCAAGAACUUGAUGAGAACACCAUUCAGGUGAUGAAGGAAAUGAAAAAAGCAUUAGAUCCCAACAACAUCUUGAAUCCUUCAAAAGUGUUGUUUCCAUCUUAAAUAGUUUAUGUCUGGAAAAAAACCCAAAGGUUUUUUUAUAUUUAUUCCUGAAGUUACACUUUGUUAACUAC